UUUGUUAAGCACUUACAUACUUGAUUUAAAAAUAUAAAACUGUGUUUUUGCCAUCGUUUGGCUUCUUAAUUUGAUUGUGUCGUGUGUUGAACGGGCGGACGUAGAUCAAUAAAGGUGCAGUUGCCCUAAGAUCGGUUUGCUGUGCAUUAAUGUCGUAAAGAAUAAUAGUUGAAUCAUCACCUCAGCAACUACAAAAAACAACAAAUAAGCGAAAAUGGCGUUAAAAGUGUUAGUGGGACAAAAAAUCAUGAACGAAGUGGUUAAGUACAAGCCACCGCCACCGAAAAAGGCUGCUGGUGCUGCUGCUAAAGCCGCUCCUGGCGGCAUUGAAUGGCGUGUACUAGUCGUCGAUAAGCUGGGCAUGCGGAUGGUCUCCGCGUGCACCAAAAUGCAUGAAAUUAGCGCCGAGGGCAUUACAUUGGUCGAACAUAUUAACAAGAAGCGCGAACCAUUGCCUACAAUGGAUGCUAUCUAUUUAAUAACACCAUCUGACGAGUCUGUGCGCUCCCUAAUACGUGAUUUUGAAAAUCCUGCACGACCCAUGUACCGUUAUGCUCAUGUCUUCUUCACCGAGGCAAUUCCGCCCAAAAUAUUCGACAUGCUACAGUCGCACAAAGACAUCUGCCGUCGUUAUAUUCGCAGCUGCAAAGAGAUUAAUAUAGCCUUUUUGGCCUAUGAAGCGCAGGUCUUUUCUUUGGAUUCGCCUGAUACAUUUCAAUGCCUCUAUUCGCCGGCGUUUGCUUCCAUACGCAGCAAGCACAUCGAACGCAUAGCCGAGCAAAUCGCCACGCUGUGCGCAACACUGGGCGAGUACCCCAAUGUGCGUUAUCGCAGCGAUUGGGAUAGGAAUAUUGAUUUGGCUGCUUCGGUGCAGCAAAAACUGGAUGCUUAUAAGGCCGACGAGCCAACAAUGGGGGAAGGCCCGGAGAAAGCACGAUCUCAGCUACUAGUUUUGGAUCGUGGCUUUGAUUGUGUUUCGCCACUUUUGCACGAGCUAACGCUUCAGGCAAUGGCCUAUGAUCUGCUGCCCAUUGUCAAUGAUGUCUACCGCUAUUGUCCGGGUCCUAAUCAGCCUGACAAGGAAGUCUUGCUCGAUGAAAACGACGAUUUGUGGGUGGAGCUCCGCCAUGAGCAUAUUGCAGUUGUCUCCACACAGGUUACGCAGAAUCUAAAGAAGUUUACGGAUUCCAAGCGCAUGAGUUCCACCGAUAAGUCUUCAAUGCGCGACUUGUCGCAGAUGAUCAAGAAGAUGCCGCAGUACCAGAAAGAGCUAUCCAAAUAUUCCACUCAUUUGCAUUUAGCUGAGGAUUGCAUGAAAUCCUAUCAGAAUUAUGUCGACAAGCUAUGCCGUGUGGAGCAGGAUUUGGCUAUGGGCACCGAUGCUGAGGGCGAAAAAAUCAAGGAUCAUAUGCGCAACAUUGUGCCCAUUUUGUUGGAUACGAAUGUGUCAAACUAUGAUAAGGUGCGGAUCAUUGCAUUGUAUGUUAUGAUCAAGAAUGGUAUAUCAGAGGAGAACUUGACCAAGCUCUUUACCCAUGCCCAAUUGUCGCCAAAGGACCAGGAUAUGGUGCGAAAUCUGAGCUUUUUGGGCAUUAAUGUCAUAGCCGAUUCGCGCAAGAAAGUCUACACGGUUCCACGCAAAGAACGCAUCACCGAGAGCACAUACCAAAUGUCGCGCUGGACACCCGUAAUUAAGGAUAUAAUGGAGGAUUGCAUUGAGGAUAAGUUGGAUCAGCGACAUUUUCCAUUCCUUGAGGGUCGUGCCCAAAAUACCAAUUAUCAUGCACCGACAAGCGCACGCUAUGGCCACUGGCACAAGGAUAAAGCACAGACACAGGUCAAGAAUGUGCCGCGCUUAAUUGUGUUUAUUGUGGGAGGUGUCAGCAUGUCUGAAAUGCGUUGCGCCUACGAGGUCACCAACUCUGUGCGAAACUGGGAGGUCAUUGUGGGCUCGUCGCAUGUGCUUACACCUGAAAUAUUUUUAAGUGACUUAGGCAGUCUGUCAAAGGAAGAUUAGAAGAAUCUUCAGCAGCCUUCUGUUAAUAGGUAUUCCACAUGUUAAUGUUUUGCUGUUGUUAAAAGAAAAAAAACUGAAGAAUUCUAGCCAAGCUGUAAUCCCGUGGCUAUAAAAUAUCUUCUUUAUUAAGGGGUUUUAUUGUUUAUUUACCUUGUUGACAUAGUUGCAAUUAUGUGCAAUUGUUAGUUUAUUAACUACAUAUAAAUACAUACGAAUAUUCAAAUAGAUAACAUGAAUAUUAACCCAAAACUGGGUUAAUGUGCAGCAUUUUACGAACACCGUAUCGGCAAUGGUGUUUGUGCUACUAGCCGGUGUAUACUGAUUAUUUAUGUAUGCAUAUGUAUGUACAUAUGGGCGCAUGUAUUUCAGUUACGUGUAUGUAUGGACUGGACCACUGGUUACGUAGUUUGUAGGCAUGUUUGUCGACAUACAUCCUUACGUAUGUUUAUUGAUCGAUCGGUUUCCAUAAUGCGCCUAUUAUACAUUUAUAGGUUUAGUUUUUUUGUGACCCAUGGAUUUUGUAUGCAAGGACGUCGCAUCAACACUCAUUAACGCAUGAAAUCGGCUAUAGACAUGUGUACGUAUGUGUGAGCAUACCAUAUAUUUGUAUUCAUAACUACGUACUAUAAUUUUAGUAAGUCCAUGCAUACAUAGUUACUCGCUUGAUGUACAUACAUGUGAAUUAUAUUACAAUGUGUACGGUCGUGACAUAAAACAGCGGUGGGCACGGAAUUUUUAAUCGGGAGUACAAUAACAAAAACCAUCGUUAGGGCCAUGAGUAGAGUCGAGCAACGACACACACACUGCGUGUAUUUUGUUUUUGCAUCUGGCGCCACUUAUCAAAAUAUAUCGUUGAGAGCAAUGGAAGCCGAAAGCGGCACUCGUGCCACCGCUGAUAUAAAACUCUAAAACUAAAGCACCGACCAAAAGCGCCAGCACUGGCUUUGAGCUUGCUGCGUACACACGCCCAGAAAUUAUGAAAAAUAAAUGUUUAACACUUAUGCCGAUAAAGAGCAAAUAAAAGUUUAUUACACAUAUUUAUUAUCACAUAUUGAUUAUUCAAAAAUUUAUAUACAUAUACACACACUAUAUAAUGCCUACGUUUUAUAAAAACUAUAUUUUUUAACUAUGCAUAUUUAAUAAUUUAUAAUAGCUCUAAUUCUAUGCAUACAUAUAUUAGUGUAUACUCAGAUUAUCCUUACAAUAUGCGAAUUAUAAAUUAAAACAUGUAAUGGAAAAUAAUAAAAGAAAAUUCAAAAUUCCUUAA